AUGCCGCCUGAUAUCCCUGCAGAACCGCCAUCGCGAUCUUUGGCUGGAAAAGUCGCCAUAGUUACAGGCGCUGGCUGCUUUGGAGAUGGAAUUGGCAACGGCCGAGCAAUCUCAAUCAUGCUAGCUGACGAGGGCUGCAAUGUGGUGUGUCUCGACAUGAGCCUGGAAUGGGCAUCAAAAACGGCCGAGAUGGCUGUCCUUGGACGCAAAGGAGUCUCGGCUGUCCCGAUACAAGGAGACGUCACGAACUCUAGCGACUGUGAGAAGGCUGUCUCUCUAGCCUUGCACACGUUUGGCCGUCUGGAUAUUCUUGUCAACAACGUUGGGAUAGCGGGUGCUCGAGGAACAGCAACCGAAGUCGACAUGGAGGAUUGGUCGGCAGGUCUGAACGUCAAUGUGUCUAGCAUGGUGUUGAUGGCCAAGCAUGCAAUCCCGGCAAUGAUGGAGAACACGGGCGAAGCCAAGGGUGCCAUUAUCAACAUGGGCAGCGUGGCUGGGCUCAAGGGUGGGACACCACAUCUGUUGUAUCCCACCGCCAAAGGCGCCGUCGUCAACAUGACAAGGGCAAUGGCAGCUCACCACGCCAAAGACGGCAUCCGAGUCAAUUGCGUUUGUCCUGGAAUGCUGUACACGCCAAUGAUGUACGCUAAGGGCAUGUCCGAGGAGGCUAGGGAAGCUAGGAAAGCCCGAAGCUUACUGGGUACUGAGGGAACAGGAUGGGAUGCUGCCUGUGCCGUUGUUUUUCUCGCGAGUAACCACGCCAGGUGGAUCACAGGAGCGAUAUUGCCGGUGGAUGCUGGAGCUACCGCUGCAGUUGGAAUAGGCAUGCCGGCAAGCGCCAGUGUCAACGGAUGA